UCAGUUCAGCAACACCAGAUUGAUCUUCAAUCAAGCAAUUUUCGCUCAAGUUUGUAGAUCAAGUUCCGAUUGAGAUUUUUCAGGAUGAAUUUGGCUGAGAUUUGUGACAAUACGAAAAAGGGAAGGGAAUACGCAUUGCUCGGAAACUAUGACUCUUCUAUGGUGUACUACCAGGGGGUGCUACAGCAGAUCCAAAAGCACUAUCAGUCACUUCAAGAUCCUGCACUUAAGGUCAAGUGGCAGCAGGUUAAGCAGGAGCUGGUGGAAGAAUAUGAGCAGGUAAAAAGCAUUGUAAACACUCUGGAGAGUUUUAAGAUGGAUAAGCCACUUGACUUUCCCAGUACUCGACCAGAGGACAACACGAGGGACCCUGAUGUGUGGCCACCCCCCACUCCUGCGGAACACAGGCCACCUGCUCAGGUGAAGAGACUGAACACUGGUGUGAAGGCCCAGCGCAAAGACUGGCCAAGCGUGCAGCAGCACCGUGGUGCUGCAGGGAAGGGCCAGCCAAAUUCAAAAUCAGACAGACCUACUGGCCGUGAGCCUCGUAAUAUGAAAGUUAAAGAAGAGAAAAGUAAGCAUACCCAGGAGGGGGCAGGUGAAGCAGAAUUAAAGAAAUUUGAUGAUAUAGGUUACGACAGUGACUUGGUUCAUGUUUUGGAGAGAGACAUCAUGUCAAGAAAUCCAAAUACCCACUGGAAUGAUAUAGCAGACCUGGAGGAUGCCAAGAAACUGCUGCGGGAAGCUGUGGUUUUGCCAAUGUGGAUGCCAGAUUUCUUUAAAGGCAUCCGGCGCCCAUGGAAGGGUGUAUUGAUGGUUGGACCUCCAGGUACAGGCAAGACCAUGCUAGCUAAAGCUGUAGCUACUGAGUGUGGUACCACGUUCUUCAACAUAUCAUCCUCCACACUUACCUCCAAGUACCGUGGCGAGUCAGAGAAACUUGUUCGGCUUCUUUUUGAAAUGGCUCGAUUUUAUGCCCCCACCACGAUAUUCAUUGAUGAAAUUGACUCUAUUUGUGGGAGGCGUGGCACAUCACAUGAACACGAAGCAAGUCGUAGAGUGAAGUCUGAGCUUUUGGUGCAGAUGGAUGGUGUAGGAGGUGCGACAGAAAAUGAUGACCCCUCUAAAAUGGUGAUGGUUCUGGCUGCAACAAACUUUCCAUGGGACAUCGAUGAAGCCCUGAAGAGGAGGCUGGAAAAGAGGAUCUAUAUUCCUCUGCCCACUGUACAAGGGCGAGUGGAUCUGCUCAAGAUUAGCCUGAGGGAGGUGGAAGUGUCUCCUGAUGUUGACUUAUCCAUCAUCGCUGAGAAGAUGGAGGACUACUCUGGCGCUGACAUCACCAACAUUUGCAGAGAUGCGUCCAUGAUGGCAAUGCGUCGGAGGAUUCAAGGCUUGAGCCCGGAGGAGAUUCGAGCACUGUCCAAAGAUGAGUUGCAGAUGCCUGUCACCAUGGAGGACUUUGAAAUUGCACUCAAAAAGAUCUCCAAGUCUGUUUCUGCUGCUGACCUGAAAAAGUAUGAGGCCUGGAUGAAUGAGUUUGGUUCUGUUUAAUUCAAAAGACGGCACAGAAAGGAAGAGAGGAAUCGGAGACUUCAAAUGUAGUGUGAAAUUGCAAUUUGAACAAAGAAAAAACACUGAAUUAGGUGUGUCCAAGCAUUCUGUGUGGUACUGUACGUAUUUAAAACCACAGUGUCAAACAUGUAGAAUCUGUGAAAGGUUGUUAACUCCAGUUUUAAACUCAUUUUGCAAAACUACAGUAACAAAGUUCCAAGCAAGCGCUCGUUUAAGCAAGAUCACACUUGAGGUCAUGCUGGUGUACCUGAAUAUCAGCCGAGCUGUGGUUCAGUCAUGGAUAAUCGACUGUAGUUAAUCACAGCCAUGCUGAUGUACAGCACAACCUCAAGUGUGAUAUCACUUUUAUACAACAAUUCUAUAAGCAAGAAAUUAAUUUUGGACACAAUGUGGCAAGAUGUUCUGUUUAUUUUUGCACUGAAAGCAGACACAGAUCCUGAAGAAGCUGUAUUCACUUUAUAGCCCACCGGUUAGCUGGCUAGCUCAUACUGAUUUGUAUUACACAGACACGAGUGUUUUACU